AUGGCUAAGCGCAAGCGAUCCGCCCUGGCGCACGUCGCCUCUGGCACGUCCACCGCCAAAACCGAGCACGACCGCAUCGCGCUCCUCCAAUCCAAGUCGCACAUCAAUCAGCUCUCCGGCGGCCGCAUCAUCAUCCCCCAAAAACGAUGGUAUCGUCAACGAGCGCAUGCAAAUCCCUUCUCAGACCACUCGCUAGCAUAUCCCGCGCAACCGGGAGAGAUGAACUGGGGCACGAUCUUUCCUCGGUUUUUCGACGCCAAGACGGGGGCUAGCAGGGGUAAAGGGGUGGUGGAGUUUGCCGAUGUGGGAUGUGGAUUUGGGGGGUUGUUGAUGCAGUUGGCGCCGUUGUUUCCGGAAACGCUGAUGUUGGGGCUGGAGAUUCGGGUGCAUGUGACGCAGUAUGUGCACGAUAAGAUCGUUGCUCUUCGUCUAGCUGCGCAGCAGGGGCGGUUGGAAUCCGCCCCCGCAGAACCCGUUCCCGAGGACCAGACGUCAACACCACAGCCAGCAGCGGAGGAGGUCGAAGGGGAGGAGGCAGACGAAGCAGCACAAAACGCACAACUCGUCUCGUCCGCACACCUCACCCCUGGCUCCUACGACAAUGUCGGCGUUCUCAGGGCAAACGGCAUGAAGUUCCUCCCCAACUUCUUCACAAAGGGCCAGCUGAGCAAGCUAUUCUUUCUGUUUCCAGACCCACACUUCAAAUCGCGCAAGCACAAGGCGAGGAUCAUCUCGCCCACGCUGCUCGCCGAGUACGCGUACGUGCUGCGACCAGGUGGCAUCGUGUAUAUCAUCACGGAUGUCAGGGAGCUGUACGAUUGGAUGGAUAAGCAUUUAGGAGAACAUCCGCUGUUCAGGCGGUUGGUCAAGGACGAGGGUGUGUUGAAGGGGGAUCUGUGUGUGGAGGCGGUGUAUGGGGCGACGGAGGAGGGGAAGAAGGUCGAGAGGAAUAGGGGAGAUAAGUGGUUCAGCGCGUUUGAAAGGGUGGACGAUCCAGCGGAGGACGAGUUGUAG